GUGUCGUACCUUGGAGCUGUCCAAAAGAAUAAAUGUAUUGAUAUCCUCAUGGAAUAUGUCCCAUGAGGUAGCAUUCAGUACCUUCUUGGUAACUUUGUAGGCUUCAAAGAGAAGCUUGUACGUUCUUACACUAGACAAAUUGUUGAAGCACUAGUCAAAUGUCAUGAUCAAGGAAUCUGACAUGGGGACAUUAAAAGUUCUAAUAUAUUAGUCGAUGACUUUGGCAUUCUUAAGUUAAAUGAUCAUUCAUUCAUCAAAAGAACUUUUAUGAAUCCAAAACAAAUAGCUAAAUACAGAAAGAGAAAAGCAUUCCAAGAGGAAUCAAAAGGAGAAAAGGUAGAGCCAGAUUUCCCUCUGAUUGGCUCAGAGGCAUAUACUCCUCCUGAAGUAGUCCAAAAUGCUGAGUCAGAACUUAACCCAGCUUAUGAUGUUUGGCAACUUGGGCUUGUAAUAAUAGAAAUGCUUACAGGGAAGCAACCUUGGCAUGAAUUUAAUGGAGACACUGAUGCCAUCCUCAAUAAUUUAGAGACAACUGACACCUCUCCAUCGCUCAAUAUCAAACUUUCUAAGGAUUGAAAGUCUUUUCUGAGUAAAUGACUGACUGCAGAUCCUAAUGAGAGAGCUGCUCCUUGCGAUCUGUUGAAGCAUAAAUUCCUGACAAUGACAGAUCAAGAAUUAAAAAGAUCACUAGAAGCAUCAAACUUUAUUUCAUUCUUAUCAAUUCUUGUUUGCCAGAAAAGUUUAUCAGACAAAGCUUUAGAACAAGAAGAGAAAGAUGUUGUUCCUAUCGGAGAUACAGGCGGGAAAUACGACCCAUUACACCACUCUGGAAAAGCCUACCUUGGUGAUGAGGGAAGAACUUCUUUCCCAAACCUUGAAAUCAGAGUAUCAAAACAAAUAAUGAACAAGCUCCGGAACUCUAAUAUUUAUAAAAGUAUUAUGAGCAAUGGGUCGAUUAUACUAAACAGUAUAUCUAAUGAGCAUCUAAUCGGAUUGAACGAUAGCUUCAACAUUGAGGAGUAUACUCACUCAAAUAUUCGGAGUAGUAUCGACAACAUCCAGUCCUCAAUGAUGAGGCUAAGUAAUUACUCUACCUUAAGGAGUAACAACAGACUUGCUCUGGUCCUUAAAAAGGUGCAGGAGCAGAACCUAUUGGACAACCAAUAAACUCAAAUUUUACCAUUAUUAAUUUUAUUCUUAA